AUGGUCGUGAGCGUGAACGUGACCUACUACUGCAACGCCGGCACGCAGUUCAUGACGCUGAAGCCCUGCGCCGAGCGCGUCGUCGCGACGGUCCUGGCGAACUUCGAGUUCCACUACUACCAGGGCCACGUGACGCCCCAGAAAGAAAUCACGACCUGCGACUUCGCCGACGGCUUCGUCGCCGCGAACGACUUUUCCGACCCGACGUUCGCGUGGAGCGAGUGGACGGCACAGGGCAGCUCCCACUACGUGCCGACGCUCGACACGCACCUCAAGCUCUGGGGCUCGUCGGGCGUGUCCUACCUGGGCCGCCGGUAUACGGACGCCGACGGCGCCGUCGUCUACAGCGCGCGCGUCGUCGUUCCCGGCAGCGGCCACGUCGUCGAGCUCGUGACGGGCAACGUCUCGUCCGCGAACGCGGGCACCUUCGCGGCCUACGGCGCGGGCGAGUGCGGCGGCGCGAACGAGCUCGCGACGACGAUCGCGGAGAUGGACGACGCGUGGACCGCGCAGGGCGGCACGUUGGUCAAUUUGUUCGGCCUGCCGGACCUGCUGCCCCUGCGCAUCACGCAGCCGUCGACGGACGCCGCCGCCAUCCCGGAGUUUCUCGAGGCCCACAGCGACCAGCACCUCGGCGCGUCGACGUUCUCGCACGAGACCGACGCGGAAUCGUGCACGUGGACGCGCUCGCUGCUCAACAUCGACGCGACGCUCGCGGGCUGGGCCAUGGAGGUCGUGUCGAUCCACAACCGCCGCGCGGCGAAGCGGGGCUACAACGUGAGUUUCUUCGCGUCGUACGUGACGGAGGCGCAGGACGAGUUGAUCGCGUGCAACACGGGCUACGCGCGCUACGUCGACAACCACAUCGGCGUGUCCCUGGGCGGGCCCGACUCGCUGAGCCUCGACGCGAACGCGGAGUCGCUCUGCCGGAACGACGUCGGCUUCCACAACGGCAACGACUCCUACGACUGGGGCAGCAACUGGUGCCGCGGCGCGUCCGGUCUAGGCGUCGAGUUCCAGGGCAACUUCGACUGGACGUUCUUCCACCCGGAGCUCGUGGACCCGCUGGACUACUGCGCGAAGCUCGGCUCGGGCGACUCCAUGGACUUCUGCCCCUACAACAUGACGGCGAUCAAGGCGUCCUCGCCGGAGACGUGGUGGGAGGAGAACUGGAUGCUCGUCGCGGUGCUCGCGGCCGUCGCGGUCUUCUGCUGCUGCGCCGCGGGCGUCCUCGCCUACUGCUGCGGCUGGUGCGCCUGCUGCGGCGGCGACGCCGCCGCCGCGGGCUACGCGCGGUUGUAA